CCUCACGCGGCGCGCAGAGCUCGACGCGCACUGGCACAACAGAUGGUACAGUACUACAAGCUGCAGGAGCGGAAGAAUUUGGCGUUCAACUACUUUCAUUCCUCCAAACUUCCCAGGAACGUUUAGUCUGAGAGGAGUCGGGGGGAUUCUUCGAGGGCAAACUCGACUUUUUGACACUGACUGGAUUUACAGGCGGACUUUGCUGCGAAGGUCAAGAGUGGCCAUGCCAUUUGGCUGUUUGACAGUUGGGGAGAAGAAGGAUUACCACAAUCCUUCGGAUGUGACAGAUAAAUAUGAUCUGGGUCCAAUAGUUAAAUCGGAGGAGUUCUGUGAAAUAUUCAGGGCCAAGGACAAGACUGCAAUGAAAAUGUAUACAUGUAAAAAGUUCCUGAAAAGGGACGGGAGAAAAGUCCGCAAGGCCGCUAAAAAUGAGAUCCUCAUCCUGAAGAUGGUGAAGCAUCCCAAUAUCCUCCAACUGGUUGACGUAUUUGAGACCAAGAAGGAGUACUUCCUCUUCCUUGAACUUGCAACUGGGAGAGAGGUGUUUGACUGGAUCCUGGAUCAAGGCUAUUAUUCAGAGAGAGAUACCAGCAAUGUGGUCCGCCAAGUACUCGAGGCCGUUGCAUAUCUACACUCACUGCACAUUGUCCACAGAAACCUGAAGUUAGAGAACUUGGUGUACUACAACCGCCUGAAGCACUCCAAAAUCGUCAUCAGUGACUUUCAUCUGGCCAAGCUGGAGAACGGACUGAUCAAAGACCCCUGUGGGACCCCAGAGUAUUUGGCUCCAGAGGUGGUUGGCAGACAGCGAUACGGCCGACCCGUGGACUGCUGGGCAACAGGGGUCAUCAUGUACAUACUUCUGUCAGGCAACCCUCCUUUCUAUGAUGAAACCGAUGAUGAUGAUUAUGAAAACCAUGACAAGAAUCUGUUCCGAAAGAUCCUUGCGGGAGAUUAUGAGUUUGAUUCCCCAUACUGGGAUGAGAUCUCUGAUUCAGCGAAGAAUCUGGUUGCUCGUUUGAUGGAGGUGGAUCAAGACCAGAGACUGACAGCUCAAGAAGCCAUAAACCAUGAGUGGAUCUCCGGUGGGGCAGCUUCAGAUAAGAACAUCAAGGAAAAUGUGUGUGCACAAAUAGAGAAGAACUUUGCCAGAGCCAAAUGGAAGAAAGCUGUUCGAGUCACCACCAUAAUGAAGAGGCUAAGAGCACCUGAGCAGAGCGAGUCCAGGCCCGCUGGCCCUGCAGCGGACUCCCCAGCAGAUGCUGUGGCGGACCCGGCUGCACCUUCAUCAGCGGCUGCUGGAGGAGAGGUGAGUCUCCAUGUUCCUGAGGCCGGCUCAACGGUGGCAGCCUCAACCCAGGAGCAACAGCAGCCAAAUCCAGAUGCCCAUGGAGCCGAGCCUGCAUCCCGCUGCAACGGUGAAGCAUCUGCUGCUCUUCACUCUGCUGCAGAGGCAACUAAUGAGCAAGGCUAAACCUUCUUGCUCACUCUCACCACCUGUGUGUGACCUCUGCAGUCCCUGCUGACUCCUGCACACUGUACAUUAGUUGCUGGCAUGGUGACACUGACUCUGCUUCUUUCUCACUAGCAGCAUUAGCAUCAUCUCAUGAAGGCUGUGUGCUGCUUUUCCUGAGCACUGCAUUGCAUCUGCUUUUUUAAAGAUACGUGUUGUGUUUUCACUGAUCCUGUGUGUUAAAGUAUAAAUAGAAGCUUAAAACUGGAGCUUUAGCGGCAAAUUAAAUUUGUUACGAAGCUUUUGCCUUACAGCUAAAGCUGUCUGUGUCUUCUUAUUGUGAUAAAAGGGUAAGGAAGGGCAUAAUUGUGUUGAAAACAGCUUUGAUUAGAUCUUAAUAAACCAGCUUUGCGGUUA